AUGAUUGUUUUCCUCCUUCUAGCAUUAGCUGUUAGAUCAGUGGAUCAAGAUCUUCCUUUUGAAGAUGAAACAGUUUCAACAGAUUCUACAAAUCAAAACGAUGAACAAGAUGAUGCAGAAAAUGUAGACGGUCCUACACCAACACCAACUCCAACACCAGUAGUUUUACAUCCAGUACCUCUUAAGGAAAUUAUGUCCCUUCGUGAAGUAUUGGCUGCUGGUAUUUUUGUCCUUUAUAUCAUCACAUUUUUCGCAGGCAGAGCUAAACUGAAAGCUAAAUUCGAUCAUUUCUAUAAGACAUGCUUGCCAUUAUUCCGCGAUAAGUAUUUUGCUAUUGUUCCAGAAAUAAUGCAAUAUGAGAAUAUUCAUAAGAGAAAAUGCUACAUCACUGGAAGAACAGGCUAUCAGGGUGGCAUCCUCACAGUCGAAUAUCCAUACUCUUGCGAUCCUCUUGGCAUUCUUUACUCUGCAUUCCAAAAUCGUAAGCCAACACUUACAGUUGAGCUUAUUUGCCAGCCAUUGACACAGCCAAAUGGUAUCAUCCGCAUUACAAAAGACAAACCACACUUCUUCGAUCAAUACAAGCUCAAAAUGAACCAAAUCGAAGCAGAUCCUCAUCUCAAGUGCUUCACAGACUUCGGUGAUGUCAAGAAGGAAUUCAUCGAGAAGGUUAAUGAUUUCUUGGCCGAUUUCCCACGCUCUAUUCAGAUGAUCGAAGCUUCAGAUCUCAACGACUACGAAACAAGGCUCGAAAGCAACUACGUUGCCAGAUUCGAAAUCAUUCUCAACGAUCCAGAAAUUCUCUGCGAAAGGUUGGUUGAUUUCAUCAUGGACUUCGCUGACACUUUUGUUACAUUACAGCUUUCAAAGGAUCAGCUUGAGAAGAACGAUAAGCUCCGCAACGCUUUAAUUGCCGAAAGACAACGCCGCCAGAAGGAAGAGGAAGAAAAGAACAAGAAGCUUUCUCCAGAGGAACAGAAGAGACUCGAGGAGAAGCAGGAGCGCAGAGAGAGAAGAAGGAACUCUCCAAAGAUCAAAUAUGUCAAGAAAUAA